AUGAACUCGGCCCUGCAAUGCAUAAGUAGAGUUGAGGAGCUGGCCGUCUACUUCCUCCAUCAAAAGCACAAGCCUGAGAUCAAUGCUGACAAUCCGCUUGGUUACAACGGCAGAAUUGCAAAUGCCUACGCCAACUUCUUGGCUGGGCUUUACAGCGAUAACGCCACUUCUGCUUACCGACCCAAUGGCUUCAAGGGUGCUCUUUCCAUGGCACAGCCAAUGUUCUCGGGCUAUGGCCAGCAAGACUCGCAGGAGUUCUUGAGUUUCCUUGUCGAUGCUCUCCACGAAGACCUCAAUCGCAUUCACAAGAAGCCGUACAUCGAAAACCCAGAUUCGGAUGACAAGACCGUCCAUGAUCCGGAGGCUGUCAGGCAGCUUGGCGAUACAUACAGGGCGAACCACCAUGCCCGUAACGACUCCAUCGCUAUGGAUCUUUUCAAUGGGUUUUACAAGAACACCAUGGUCUGUCCUGACUGUGAAAAAGUCAGUGUGACCUUCGAUCCUUAUUCCCUUCUGACACUGCAACUGCCUAUUGAGAACACUUGGCAAGCAAAGAUCAUGUUCAUGCCCGUCACUGGGUACCCUUCGGCUUUUGAAAUUGAUGUUGAGAAGAACAUUUCUAUCAGAGCACUUAAGGACAUCUUUGUUAGUAAGAUUGGCCGUGGACUCACUCGCGAAAAACUCAUCUUUGCCGAGAUCUUCAGCCACCGCUUCUACAAGAUCGGAUAUGACAGCCAAACUCUUUCGGAGCUCGAUUUCUCAAACAAUGAUGUUCUUUGUAUGUAUGAGGUUCUCGAGGCCCCAACAAAUGCCGCCUUUAUGCCCAAGAAACAGUCAACAUACCGCUCAUUCUACCAUGAUUCUGCGAAUGAUCCUCUGCCUGGAAUGGACUCGCCUCUUGCAGAAACUAUGGCGGUACCUGUCUUCCAUUCCAAGACAGACAAACGUUCGUCGAACCUCGUUCUCAAUCCAACAAUGGUCACUAUCACAAGAGAGGAAGCCAGAGAUUAUGAUGCAAUCUUGAGAAAAGUGCUUACUUCGAUUGCAACAAUGACCACAACGCGUAUCCUCGACAACGUUCCGAAUAAGCAAGUCCAUGAUAGUACAACAGAGGAUGCUCAGGCUGAUACUGACGUCUCUAUGCGCGACGGUAGUCAGACACCUUCAGCCCAACUGUCAGAGACAUUGCAAUCUGCGAACUCCACUUCCUACGACCCCAGAGAUAUGUUUGAGCUCAAGUAUGUCCAAGCUACUGGCGACAUGUUCAUGACAGGAACCAAUAGUAUUGGUAACGGCCACGCUAUGCAGACCCGUGUCCGAAAAGUCGAAAGGCGUAGAGGCAGCACCAGUUCGGUAGCUUCGAACACAUCUGGCAAGAGCAAAGACUCCGGUUACGAUGGUCAGGGUAGAAGCUCAUCCGACAGUGAUGAGGAUGCCGACCAAUGCUGGAUUCAUUCAAGGCCAACGGCCAGACUGGAUUCUCUGGUGACGUGCAGAGUGACGAAGAGUCAGGCAUGGGUGCCCUUGAACAGUUGUCAGCCAAAGACAACCGCAGACGUAAGUUCAAUCAGAGACAGGCGAGAAAGACGUAUUCACGCAAAGGCGUUCGCCGCAAUGAGAAAACCCGAGCGCGUUCUAACCUACUUCGCUCGACAGCAGCAGACGAACCGACAGACGACAACGAGUUUUAUGUCAAACUUGGUGAAGGAAUCGUGGUAG